AGUAAAUGUCCCAGUUUUUUGCCAUGUGACCUGUAUUAUCCAAUCACAGAGUAAGAAUCAUGAAGUUAGAUAAUAAUUGUGGUUAAUUGUGGUCCAUAUCUGUACUUUUAUAUUCUUACCUUAUUUCUUAUCAGAGUUGCAUGAGUUUCAUUUUUCUUUAUAUUGGAUAAAGAAUUUUUUCCAUUCCAUUAUAAUUAUUUCGAUUUCUCAUGAAAUCACGAUUUGUAAAACUCAACAUGUAUAUUAUAGAUCUGUUAAAUGGCAAAGAAUGACAUGUUAAAUGAUUUCUAAAGUGAGAAUACAUGUACUUACAUAUAAUGCUUGUUGAGUCUGGUUGAGUGACAUAAGCAAAUAAUAACUGGGGAUACUGUCCAUAUGCAAACAAUUGAAGAUGGAUAAAUUAUGAUUUUGUUAGUGUGAAAUACUGAUUUUCGGCUCUGAGAAAUGAACAGCAACUCAAAUUUCACAAACCAUUAUGGGGGAGUGGGUUAAACCAUGAUGAGAUUGGCCAGCUUUAAAACACAACUGUCUGGAUGUGAACACACCCCCAAAUCCUUCAAUAUUUGCAAUGUACAUGUUAUAUGAAGCAUUUGAGAAAAACUAGUUCUAUCCUGAAUUAAACUCAAGAAUCUGCUCUGAUUUGACAAGUUGAACAUUGUAGCUAAAUUUCUAGAUAAAUGAAAGAGUUCUUUGUUGGAGUCAAUAUAAUAGAACAAGAUAUCUGCAUGAUAUCUUAUCCUUAUACAAAGGUCCCUAAAACAAAAAUUCAUUAUCAUUAAUGACAAAUCACGAUGGGUGCCUAUUUUGCCUGCCCUGAUAGAGACAUAUACAAGGAUGAAGCAAAAGCGAUACUGAAGAUGGGGUUACCUAUGUGUCUAGCCUCACUGUUCCAAUAUGCUCUUCAACCAAUGAGUAUUGCGUUCUGUGGCCACUUGGGAAAACUUGAACUUGCAGCUGUGGCUUUAUCUAUAUCGUUGAUCUACAUAUUUGGAUUUGCAAUAGGAGGUGGAAUAUCUCAAGCAGGAGAUACAUUCUUCUCACAAGCCUUUGGGAGUGAAAACAAAAAACAAGUUGGCAUCUACCUGCAGAGAAAUUUGCUGAUCACCGGACUGACAUGUUUACCAUGCUGGGCAUUGUUCCUUAAUGCAGAGACAGUCCUGGUAGCAAUUGGCCAAGACCCUGCGGUAGCAAGGAUAAGUGGCAGGUACAUGCUGAUCUAUAUACCAGGUCUUUUGGGCAACUAUAUUUUCUUUGUGAUACGUGGCUAUGUGAUAAUGCAGAGAGUUGUAUAUCCAGUAGUAUUCAUGAAUUUUUUGUGCUGUGCUGUUCUUGCUUUACUAAGCUACAUCUUCAUCUUUGUGUGUGAAUGGGGUAUAGAAGGUUCAUCUCUGGCACUGAUGUUGACAAUGAUAUUCCGUCCAUUGCUAUAUCUCCUCUAUAUCAAGAUCUCUGGUCUCCAUGAGGUCACAUGGGGUGGUUGGUCCCUUGAGGCUCUGCAGCAAUGGGGAGCUUUUAUGAAAGUUGCCUUGCCAACCAUGUUGCUUGUCCUAUUAUGGUGGGCUAGCUCAGAAAUAGGCACCAUAUUGGCAGGUACCCUCAGCCCCUUAUAUCUGGACAGUUGGUCCAUAUGUUUUCAAAUUGAGGGUUUUGCAUUCAUGGGCUUCAUGGGUUACCAAAUAACUGCUUCAGCCAGAUGUGGUGCAUUUUUGGGUGCAAAUGACCCUUUGAGGGCGAGGAUUACAUGCAUCACUUGUUCACUGAUUAGUGGAAUAUCUGGAAUUGUAUUGGCUGCACUGAUCCUAGGACUGAGGGGACAGCUACCAUACAUCUUUACAAAUGACAGUGAUGUAUUGGAGUUAGCAAAAUCCCAGCUUCCAAUCCUUUCAUUGUUUGUACUUUUGGAGAGCAUCACAGCAACAGGACAUGGCAUUAUCAAGGGAAUGGGAGAACAGAAAUUUGGCUCUGUAGUAGUGUUUAUCAGCUUCUACAUUGUGGCACUGCCUAUUGGCAUUCCUUUGAUGUUUCUCACUGAGCUGAAGACCUCAGGGUUCUGGUGGGCAUUGAUAGGUGGCCAGGUGAUCCAAUCACUAUGCUUCAUAAUACGUGCCUUAUGUGCUAACUGGACUAAAGUGGCCAAAAAAGCUAAGAUAACAGCAGGGAUUGAGGAUAAUGAUGAAUUGAACAAGAAACAGCCUGAGCUGCCAGAAGAAAAACAAAGUCUAUUACAUCAUGAGGAAUUGGGAAACAGAUACAACAAAGACCAGACAGGAGAAAGUGUUAAGAUAUCUAAUGGAUAUGGCACUUACCACAAACAAACAAAUGAAAGUGCUACUGAACAAAUCGUAUACUCUCAACAGAAGGACUACCCAACACAAUACAAUGGACCCAUUACAGAAACAAACAUUGACCAAAAUGCACAACCAAAUGGAUAUCAUAAGUCACAAAACGGAUAUCGCAAGCAACCAAAUGGAUAUUUGAAAAAGGGUGGCUCUCAUAUUCUGUCUGGUCGACCUGCAACUAGAUACUCAUUUUCUGAAAAUGAUACAGAUAUUGAAGACCGUGUGACGGCCAUUGAGCGUCAAAUGUCAAGUAGCCAAAAAGUUGACCGUCAUGCAAGUGUUGAUCCAAGUCCUGACAUUAAGUUAAUCAAUUACAAAAGACUAAAUGUGAAACAGUUGAUCCUAAGGCGUGGCUUUGUUUUGCUGAUUAAUGUGGCCAUUUUAGUGGCAGGAAUCUUUGUCAGAUUAAACGUAUCAAUUAACCACGUCCCUUCUCAAGAAGACUCAAAUGUCACACAGUUGUGUUACCCUAAUGGUACAGUGUUUAAUGGAACUGAAGGGGUUAACGUAACGAUGAUUCCAUGUUUUUUCACAACAGGGUUAACUCCUACAUUUCCCAGUGUUCUCCCAACUUUAGAUAUUAAUGAUACUACUGCUUCUUAUAUUUGAAGGGGUUAAUAAUAUGUUUGAAUGAUUUUAAAGAAUCAAUCCAUACUCGUCUAUAUGAUCUCAGAACUUUAAUUGUAAAGAUUUUAUAUUAUGUUCGAUGAUUGAUGUUUAUGACAAUUUGGCUAGUUAGAUUUGAAGGAGUUGAAUCUAACUACAGUGUGUCCAAAAAACAGGACCGAAGGAAAUUUGAAUAAUUCGGUCAAUCUUGCAUAUUAUAUAAACGUACAUGUAUAUUGGUUUUCCAUAUUACUGGUUGUGUUCUUGGCCGCUUUGUCAUGUUUUGCUGUAUUUGGUUUUAAUGCUUUGGUCUUUCCCUUUUCGCUCAAGCAUAUACAUGUAUUUUAAACAUCCUCCUUGACUGAGAAUAGCAAGCUGUGAAAUGUCAAACGUAGACACCAAUUUUAUAUGUGA